UUUGCUUCAGAUCCAGAUGUCUAGAUCUUGCAGGACCCACUCACAGGGCUGGUGAGGGUGCUGUGUGUCACACUGCUUCUGUUGCUGCCAUCAGUGAAAUCACAAAGAAUGCAGAUAUGAUUAACAAAUCAUGUGAUGCAGGAAGAGAGCGCAAAUGAUAUGGAAUGUGAGCAGCUGCCAGCAGAGACACUGCGACAAGUGACCAUUCACCGAGACCCUAUAUAUGGCUUUGGCUUCGUGGCUGGCAGUGAGAGGCCUGUGGUGGUGCGAUCUGUGAAGCCAGGAGGCCCCUCUGAGGACAAGCUCCUGGCUGGUGACCAGAUUCUGGCUAUUAAUGAGGAGGACGUGAGUGAAGCCCCAAGGGAGAGGUUCAUAGAACUCAUCAGGAGCGCUAAGGAAUUCAUCGUUCUUACAGUUCUGCACACUCAUCAGUCCCCCAAAUCUGCCUUCAUCAGUGCUGCAAAGAAGGCCAAGCUGAAAUCCAACCCUGCGAAGGUCCGAUUUUCCGAGCAGGUGGCAGUUGGAGAAACAGAUGCAAAAAUGAUGAAGAAAGAAGCUCUUCUCCUCAUCCCCAAUGUCCUGAAGGUCUUCUUAGAAAAUGGACAGAUCAAGUCGUUCACAUUUGAUGGCCGGACCACUGUUAAGGAUGUGAUGGUGACAUUACAGGACCGUCUUUCGCUCAGGUACAUUGAGCACUUUGCUCUUGUCCUUGAGUAUGCCGGGCCAGAACAGAACCACAAGUUCCUGCUUCUCCAGGACAAGCAGCCCCUGGCUUAUGUGGUGCAGCGGACACACUAUCAUGGAAUGAAAUGCCUCUUCCGAAUAAGCUUCUUUCCCAAAGACCCUGUGGAGCUGCUGCGUCGGGAUCCUGCUGCUUUUGAGUACCUGUACAUCCAGAGUCGAAACGAUGUUAUCCGAGAACGCUUUGGAAUGGACCCCAAGCCGGAGAUGCUUUUGGGCCUUGCUGCCCUCCACAUCUAUAUCACUGUCUCAGCCACUCGACCUAGUCAGAAGAUUUCGCUCAAGAAUGUGGAGAAGGAGUGGGGCCUGGAACCCUUUCUUCCCCCCUCUCUCCUUCAGGGCAUCAAAGAGAAGAACUUCCGGAAAUCCCUCUCUCAGCAGCUGAAGGCUCACCAAACACAUCCUUCCAGUGGCACCAAGGGCUCCACAAUUCAGGCAAAGCUCCAGUAUCUUCGAAUUCUGAAUGAACUUCCAACCUUCACCGGCGUUUUGUUCAACACUGUAGGCCUGGACGAGAAGCAGUCAGCCACCACUCUCCUGGUGGGACCCCGUCAUGGCAUCAGCCAUGUUAUUGACCUCAAAACCAACCUCACCACUGUGCUGUCUGAGUUCAGCAAGAUCAGCAAGAUCCAGCUGUUCCGGGAGAACCAGGGCGUGGCUCGAGUGGAGACCAGUAUCAUGGAUGCCAAGCCUCUGGUGCUGUUGAUGGAGUGGCCCGAAGCCACCAACUUUGCUUGCCUGAUUUCGGGAUACUGCCGCCUCCUAAUGGAUUCCAGGAAGAUGGUUUUCUCCAGACCCACCAACCAGCCUCUUCCAAUGAUCAAGGCAGAUUACAUGCACAGCUCCCACCGCCCUGUCACUGGGGGCCACCUGGGGAAAAAGGAGAGUAGUUAUGUGGGCAGCAUGGGCACCAGCCCCAGGAAGUCGAGCCACUGCACGCCCCCGCCUGCCGACUCUGAGCUUGUCAGCUUUUGCUACCUCCACAUGCGGGAACAAAGGAAGGAGCAGGAAAGCCGGACAGAUGUCAAUGAGAAUUUAAUCUUCUUUGAGGAGACCAGGCCCCGGACCAAAUCUGACCCCACGUCCAAAAGCUCUGGCCAAGGUUACAAUUUGGUCCCCGAUGACUUUGAUGCAGCCAGCCUAGACCACGAGCCUUGUGCCAGCAGGGCCAGAUCUUACACCUUGGACAAUUCCCUUGGGGCUGAAGCCCUGAAUUUCUACUGUGACUCUUGCAAAGCCAAAUUCCAGGAGCAGCUGGGUCCUCGCAAAGGCGGGAGGCCUGGUUCCUCUCGUGACAAUAUAGUAGACUUAAUGUCCCUUCCACCUCCCGGGAGUGAGGAGGAGGAGGAGGAGGAAGAUGAGAGCACUUCGCUGUUGCCUGCCAUUGCUGCCCCGCCUCCUGGCUUCCGAGACAACAGUUCUGAUGAGGAUGACUCCAAGCGCCGGGCUGUCCAGAGCCAGGAACAAGGACGCCACCUGCGUGGGCUACUGUAUGAUGAGAUUCCAGUGACGUUGAUUGACAGCAUGCAGACACGGACUGUCCGAGAUCAUGCCCAGGAGCUAGAUGAUGCCCUGGUGUCCACUCUGCAGGCUCUGGAAGCCCUGGCAGCCUCAGAGGAUGGACCACACCCCCCACCCCCACAGACUGCAGGUCUGAUUGUGCUGGCCACAAUCACCCCUGAAUCAUCGCUGGACUCAGGCCAUGAAACCAAUUCUUCAGAGCUCACAGACAUGUCGGAGAUGAUGUCUGCCAUGAAGCAGCACCAGAACACUACCUACUUCCUGGCGCAGCACCUCAACAAAGACAGUCUUCUGGCCCGCAAGGACCUGCCUUUCCGGAUCCAGAGCUGCGCAGCCCAGGCUGUUCUCACAGCCCCUUACUCUCUUGGGCGCCCGGAUCCCAACACAUCCCUCCAGCCAGCUGUCACAGGCCAGAGUACUGGCCCCCCUGGCGCUCGGAGGAAGCUGCCCCAGUCAGAGGCCCAGUCACAGAGAGAGCGAACAUACGCCCUGGCAGUGCACCCAGCACUGUCCCCACAGCUUAGUGAGCAGAAGAAUCUGAGCCUGCUGUCCCCAGUUCCUGAGGACAAAGGGCCUGGCUAUAGUAAGGCUGGCCUAGAAAUGUCACUGAGGGCGGCCACACCGUCCCUCAGUGAAGAACAGGUCUCUGAGCUAAGGGAGAACCUGUCAAAGGAGGUCAGGUUGAGCCCCAAACUUAUCCUGGACCCAAAGGGCAGUGUGACCCCAGCUAUCAUCUCAGCUGCCCUACAGCAGGUGGUUCAAACUAAGAGUCUACCCGCCCCUGGAGGGGCCUUGGGGAACCCUUCCAGCAGUGGGGAAAGGAGGCUGGAGGCCGGCGUAGGGAGGCCAGAGGUCAGCAUGGGAAGACCAGAAGUCAGCAUGAUGAGUGGCAGUGCCAAUAAAAAUCUUAAGUUCAAAAUGAGCCCCACUGCUCCAGAUACCUCAUGGAAUUCCCAGCAGCAGCUGAGCCCAGAGGUCUCUUCCAGCUCCAGAGCACCCACAGGCAGCCGGGCUGACAGCCUGCACCUCUCCCCACAAAAGGACAGGCUACCUGUUCAAAGUUUCCCUCCCAAAAGCUAUCAUUUGAGAGCGAGUAGAGAGUCAGUGGGCAAGCAAACUACAGGGGAAGUGGCAAUGGCAGGCAAGGGUGGGCCAGAGGGUGUUAAACCUUCCCUGCAUAAGCAGGCCACUGUCUCCAGCCAAGGGGAGAAGGGGCAGCUGGAAAGCACACCCCAAAGCAGCAAGCUUGAGGAGACCAGCCUGCUUUCCCGAGCUGGCUACCCCAUGGCUCUGCAGAGCCCCAGCUGCCAGUCUCAAGGCCACAGCCCCAGCUUCCAGCCACGAGGCCACAGCCCCAGCUUCCAGCCACAGGGACACAGUCCCAUCAGCCAGUCCCGAGGCCAGAGCCCCAGCUGCCACCCUCGAGGUCAGAGCCCACUGAGGCCCCAGGCUGCCAGCCGUCAGGUGAGCACCAUGCCCUCUAGGAAGCUUGAAACGACCCUGGAUGGAGCCCAAGCAACCUCUGAAGGCCCCAUAAAGCCCAAAUCAUCUCGAGGUCCUUUCAGGCUACGCAAUUUAUUCUCUGCCACCUUUCCAGCCCGCCAGAAGAAGGAGACUGAUGAGCGGCAGGCCCAGCUGCAGAAGGUAAAGCAGUAUGAGCUAGAGUUUCUUGAGGAACUUCUAAAGCCACCAAGUCAGGGAGAGCUGCCGGGCACUGAAUACCUCCAACCUCCAGCACCAGGCCGCUGCAGCUGCCAGCUACGCAGCAGCCCUGUGCAGCAGGGGCCUGGCAUGUCUCGUGAGCAGAGACGCAGCUGUGAUUGCAAGCGCAUCUGCCGGGGUGGUCGGCCACAGGCACCCCAGACACCAGUGCCCAGCCUCCGAGGAAAGGAGAAGGACAAGGUCCUGACUACCCAGAGGCAGCCAGAGGCUGGCCCAGAUUUGAGCCUCAGCAGUCCCACCAAUGUCCAGCGCAUCCGCUCCACCAGCUUGGAAUCCCGAGAGUGCCGAUCAGACCCUGAGAGUGGUAUUUCAUGCCUGAGCACGUGUGCCUCGGGGGGCGAGUGUCUGGGAGCUCCCAACUACAGGAAACUUAUGCGCCGCUAUAGUAUCAGUGAGCUGGACCAGGAUGACAGGGCCUCACUGACCUCGGAUGUCUAUCCACAGCUACCCCUGGGCAUGCUGCCCAGGGAGGCCAAGGAGGUAGAGGCAGGCCUCCCCCCAGGCCUGGGUCCCAAAAGCAAGUCUCUGGAGUCACCAACUCUGGGAGACCCAUCAUAUGUCCAAGUUGCCCCUGAGACCAAAGGCUCCAGACAGAUGGCUGUGUUCUCACUGCCAGAAGAGGUGUACCGGAAGCCCACCGAGUUUGAUGACGACAGCGAAAGCAGCAAGUGCUGCUCCAUCCGCUACUGCUUCUACUACCGCAAGUGCGACGUGGCAGAUGAUGCCAGUGAUGGCAAGGAUGAACUCUCCUACUCCAUCCCCAUGAAGAUCCUGCCUGGCAUGAAGCUGGAUGAGAAGGUGGUGCCCGUAGUAAGCAGGACCCUGCAGGUGCUGGAUGCCGCCACCUGCAGCAACAGCAGCCCUGAGGCUUCCUGCACCCAGGAGAUUGACCUGCGGGUGUCCACCUUUGAGGGGAGCCUGGCCAAGAUCAAUGCCCUGCGGGCCCAUGCCUAUGGCCUACCUGACGGCUUCCUGGCUGCGCGGCUGGACACCAAUGAGCUACUGACAGUCCUGCGGCAGUGUGUGGCCAGCCCUGAGGCCCGCGCUCCCAAGCCCUAUGUUUCCCAGAUCUCUGAGUACAAGCUCGAGCUGGCUGUCAAGUUCAAGGAGCUCCGGGCUUCCUGCCGCCGCGUAGCCAAUGUGGACAAGAGCCCGACUCACAUGCUGGCAGCCAUCACGGGCAGCUUCCAGGUGCUGAGCAGUCUCAUUGAGACCUUUGUGCGGCUGGUGUUCAUCGUGCGCUCUGAAGCACAGCGCCAAGAGCUGCUGGCCAAGGUAGAAGAGGUGGUGAGGAACUACACCUUCCUUCUGCGCGCUGCUGAGGAAUCCACCGCCCGGAAUCUCAACCAGCAGCAGCAGCAGCAGCAGGCAGCUGCAGCUAUGAGGGUGGCCCCAGGGCACCCACCAGGAUCUCCAACUUCGGCGACUGUUAUGAGCACAUUCACUCAUUCCUUAAAAACCCUUAUUAAGUAGGGCGUCUGCCCAAGCCUCCCCUGUUCCUUAACCUCGGCCCCAAGUUUGAGCUUUGUGGUCAUGCAUCCUGUGGUGAGCGUAUGUGUCUGCUGGACCAGCUGGGGUCCAAGAGCCUUCAAUCUCCAGGGAGCAAAAAAUCCCUGCAUUGAGGUCUCCAAGCUGCUGCUGCCCUGGGUAUCCUCACCCCUUCUCUAGCCUCUAGGCGUCACUGUGAGGGCCAAGGCCCCUCGUCACUACGCCCGCCGAAGAGCUGUAUUUUAUCUCUUCACUAGGGCUGAGAGGUGACAUCAGGCUCACUUCCCCUCCAUUUUUGCCACAGGGAAGCCAGGGCCUAAAGCAGGCAAGCCAGAUGGCCUUGAGCUCCUUCUGGCAUCUACUCCCCUCCAGGGAGCAAUGGCAGUAGCAGCAGACCACAGUGCCCAGUGGAGGGGAAAGGGUACUCUGUCCUGAUAUGCCCACCCACCCUGGGCUUACACUCACUUGCAGAAGCCACCCCAUAGGGCCUGUGCCCAGGUGGUAGUCCUACAGAAAACAGCCACAUGGGGCUGCUUGCAGCCAGUCCAACUGGCUGGCAGCCUUGGGAGCCCUUGCCCCCAGACCUAGUAGCUCCACACCAGCCAUCCCCAAAGUGCCCUGUCCCUCACUGAUGGGCAGGGUAGCUCAGUCCACUAGGGAGCAAGCAUCUGGGAUCACCCCACUGGUUCUGGUUAAGGUACCUGGUGAAAAUGUCUGCUCUGGGGAGGCCCAGAGCAAGCCUUGGAGCCUGCCUGGCCCAGCAUAGUGCAGUGGCUCUGGCUGCAGGCAUGUGGCUCCUCUCUCAACAUCUCUACCAGACAGACCGUCCUUAGGAGUUCGAC